CGGACGACCCGGAAGUGGUUCCUGAGGCUCGGGCCACGUGGGUUUGCCGCGCGGGGAGCCGGUUUCCGUGGCCGCCGCGAUGACCAAAAUAAAGGCAGAUCCCGACGCGCCGGAGGCUCAGGCGGAGGCGUGCCUCGGGGAGCGCACUUACCACGAGCUGCUGGUGAACCUGAAUCCCAUCGCGCAGCCACUGGCCUCUCGCCGUCUCACGCGGAAGCUCUACAAGUGCAUCAAGAAAGCCGUGAAGCAGAAACAGAUUCGGCGCGGGGUGAAGGAGGUACAGAAGUUUAUCAACAAAGGCGAGAAAGGGAUCAUGGUUUUGGCAGGAGACACAUUGCCCAUUGAGGUAUACUGCCAUCUCCCAGUUAUGUGUGAGGACCGGAAUUUGCCCUACGUCUAUAUUCCCUCUAAGACGGACCUGGGUGCUGCCGCUGGCUCCAAGCGUCCCACCUGCGUGAUCAUGGUCAAGCCCCAUGAGGAGUACCAGGAGGCUUACGACGAGUGCCUGGAGGAGGUGCAAGCCCUGCCCCCGCCCAUGUGAAGGGUUCAGGCACCUGCUCUGGAAGCUGCUGCCCUGGCAGUGGGCCAGCUGGCUGCCCUGCCACUGUCUGUGCUCUGCUCGCACAUCACUCUGGGCCCCUGUGGCCUGUCCUCUUCCCAGGCAGUUCUGCCAGCCUUCUCAUGAAGGGAAUGCCGGCAUCUUCUGUUGAGCAUCAACGCAGAUAGCUCUGAGAAUGUAAUGUGGGGGAAGUAAAUGCUAAGACUAAA